UUGGUCUCCAGCGCUUACAUUUUUCAGUUGCUUUCACUUGACGUGUAGCGAAUAUCGAAGAAGUCGGUAAAAACCCAGAGAGCUGCAGUCCUUGGAGGUAAAACAGCGAACCGGUGAGCUCUGACCAGGCCAAGCUUCAAGAUGGAGGAGAAAGAGGAACGCAAAACAAGAGAACGAGAGAGAGAAAGUCAACAGAGGAGAAAACAGCUGCAGAGAGAUCAGACUACAUUUGUGACAAACACCCUCAUUGCAACCGAUGCCAAGGCGGUGCAGCAGAGGAGACAGCAGGCCAAAGUUCAAAGCAAUAGAGCAGAGCUGCUGGAAAAGGACAUAACGUCAAGCCUGGAAAGAUCUGAUGAGAUAUUGAGAAGAUGGUCGGAUAUCAGCCAGGGGGGGAUCCCCGAGGACCUGCAGAAAGCUUUAAACGAGCAGGAGCAGCUCUAUGCCGCUAUCAUACAAGACAAGAAAAAAAUCAUUAGUGACCUUCAGCAGAAGCUAAAGUUCCAAGGUGAUAACUAUAUGAAGACCUUGAGGAGCAAUGCAGAGGAGAUUAAUGUGAUGACUGCGCGGAUGGAGGACCAAAAGGAACUUGUGACAAAAGCCUACCGGGAGGAGCUAGACCAAACCAAGAGACUUUAUCAGAAGGAAAUAAGUAUCUUACUCACAAAAGACAUGGAAGAAAGGGACCGGGACCUGGAGAAACUUUGGAAGGAAGAGCUCAAGAGGCUGAAGAAGAGGAAAGAGAAGUUGGAGGAAUACAAGAAGGACAUUCAUCAGAUCUGUCAGGAACAGAGUCAUACCUUGAAUCUCACAGAUUUAGAACAUUGUUCAAAACGUCUGACCAGGGAGAGAAAUCAGGAGAAGGAAAAGAUCCGCAAUCUGCAGCUGAAACCUAAAAUCGAAUGGUACAAGAAACGGGAAGAAGUUCUUUUGGCUUCAUUGAGGAACAUCGAGAGCAGGCUCCUCAGGGAGGAGAAAGAAAUGAAAAAGCUAAAGAGGAUCUGCGCCGAUCGACAGAAAGAUGUUCCAAAGUGGAGUAAAGUUUUGUCUGCAGAUUACAAGCGCUGCAUCCAGAAGUACGAACGCAAAAAAGAGCUGGUCAGGCACUUUGCUGUUGCCGACGCCAGACGUUUCCAGGAGGUGUGGCUGAUGAUUGAAGCCGAGGUUAAGCAGUUAGCAGAGCGAGCCUUGGCCACAGACUCAGCGAUCUCCCACCAAAUCUUUGGUUUAUCCUGGAAGCAGCCGGAUUUGAGCCUGUUGGAGCUCCCCAGUCCCAUCAGGCCCUGGAAGCCAGCCCCAGAGGAAACCCAGCCAGUGCUUCAAAGGAGGAAGAGCAGCCAGGGCACGACUGAUGGUUCUGCUGAGUCAGACAUCAAGAGCUCGGACAUGACGGGGAAGACGGAAGGGGCGGCAGUCUCUGUCGGCUGUGGUCCUGAAUGGGAGGAAGAAAAGCGGUCCAAGGAGAUGCAGAAAGAAAUGAUGGAGCUCCUGUGUAGUGAAACGGACUUCCUGAUGGAAGCCAAACUCCUGAAGCUGCUGGCUCCUCUGGUGGACGAGGAACAGGCCGGAGUAAAGCUGGGCUCCCUCCUUUACACUCUGGGGAUCGACGAAGAGGAUCUGCCCCAGCUGACUGAUUUCUUGUUGAAGUACAAGCAGCAGCAGAGUGAGCAGACUGAGGAGACACCUAAGCCCAGUGUUACAAGCUCCGCCUCUGAGCUCAUCCACCCUAACCUCGUACUUCCUGCUCUCAAAAGUUUCCUCCAGCAACGAAAUUCCAAGAGGGUCUCAGCUCAGCAUCUUUCCACACUGUGGCUGGCACACGCUCGCAACGAUUCCAAGGAUGCAGCGUAUUGGGAGAGCCUAGGGAACAUCAUCCCAGAGGAGAAGGUUCAGAUGUGGGAUGCUGCAGAGAAAACUCUAAAGCAGUACCACGCUGUGCUGACAGAGAUCUCUGAUCUUACUCUGGAGAAUGAGCGUCUGAUGCAGAAGAACAUGGAGCUGCGCGUUAAACUCAACAAUCGGAUGAAGAAUGACACAGAUUCAACAUGAGCGGUGCAUUCCUGUAAAGCCUUUGAUUGAAAUAAAGAAUGUACCCAAU